CGGAGCCGGAGCCGGGCUGGGCUGGGCUGGGCACGGCGGAGCUCUCCCGCGGCGGGCACGGCAGCAGCGCAGCCCCUUCCCAGCCCGGAGCCCCCCCGGUCAGCGCGGAAGGGGCCGCGCUCGCCCUGCCGGCCACCCCGCCCGCCCCGGCCAUGAGGUCGGGCCGGAGAGACGGCACCUGUGCGGGGAGGUGAGCGGAGCCCCGGAGCCUUCCUCCUCCCCCGGGCAGCCACAGCGGCGGGGAAGAGGAAGGGGUGGAGGAAGGGAAAGGGAUAUAUAUACACAGUUUUUUUUUUUUAAAUAUACCUAUAUAUUUUACUGCGAUCAAUUCCGACCCCGCAACUGAAGCCCCCGGAGGGAGAAGUGCUGCGCGCUGUGAUGCGUCUUCCUCUCGCCUCGGCUGCCAGUUUGGAUUGUAGCGCCCGGCUCCGUGCACUGAGAGAAUGGCUCGGUUUGGGGAUGAUCUGCCAACCCGCUAUGGAGGUGGAGGGCCGGCCGGGGCUGGAAGAGGGAGCAGCCGGCAAGGUGGCCCCCAAGCCGGCCAAAGGAUGUAUAAGCAGUCGAUGGCUCAGAGGGCCAGGACUAUGGCUCUCUACAACCCCAUCCCUGUCAAACAGAACUGCUUCACAGUCAACAGAUCCCUCUUCAUCUUCAGUGAAGAUAAUGUUAUACGGAAAUACGCCAAGAGAAUAACAGAAUGGCCUCCAUUUGAAUACAUGAUUUUAGCUACAAUCAUAGCCAAUUGUAUUGUGCUGGCCCUGGAACAACAUUUGCCGGAUGGAGACAAGACACCUAUGUCAGAGAGAUUGGAUGACACUGAGCCGUACUUUAUUGGAAUAUUUUGUUUUGAAGCUGGUAUAAAAAUCAUCGCUCUAGGGUUUGUUUUUCAUAAAGGCUCUUACCUCCGAAAUGGUUGGAACGUGAUGGAUUUUGUCGUGGUCCUCACAGGGAUUCUAGCAACUGCUGGGACUGAUUUUGACCUGCGGACCCUGCGGGCUGUCCGAGUGUUACGACCCCUGAAGCUUGUGUCAGGAAUCCCAAGCUUGCAGGUUGUCCUCAAGUCCAUCAUGAAGGCGAUGGUGCCCUUGCUUCAGAUCGGGCUGCUCCUUUUCUUCGCCAUCGUGAUGUUUGCCAUCAUCGGGCUGGAGUUUUACAUGGGGAAGUUUCAUAAAACCUGCUUCUCUAACGAGACGGGUGAUGAGGUGGGAGAUUUUCCUUGUGGAGAGGAGCCUCCUGCCAGGCAGUGUGAGAGUGGGACCACCUGCAGGGAGUACUGGCAAGGGCCCAACUAUGGCAUCACCAACUUUGACAACAUCCUCUUUGCUGUGCUCACCGUCUUCCAGUGCAUCACCAUGGAGGGAUGGACCGACAUCCUCUACAAUACAAAUGAUGCUGCAGGAAAUACCUGGAACUGGCUUUAUUUCAUCCCUCUCAUCAUCAUUGGUUCUUUCUUCAUGCUCAACUUGGUGCUGGGUGUCUUAUCAGGAGAAUUUGCAAAAGAACGAGAGAGGGUAGAAAAUCGUCGAGCUUUCCUGAAACUCCGUAGGCAGCAGCAAAUUGAACGGGAACUAAACGGAUACUUGGAGUGGAUCUUCAAAGCAGAGGAGGUUAUGCUGGCAGAGGAAGACAAGAAUGCAGAAGAGAAAUCUCCUCUGGACGGGAGGGCCGCCUCGGAAGGGCCGAUUCAACAAGGCACGGCACCGGCAGAGACUAGCAGCGGCAGCAGCUACAACAUGUUGAAACGAGCUGCAAUAAAGAAGAGCAAAAAUGACCUGAUUCAUGCUGAAGAAGGUGAGGACCAUUUCACAGACAUUUGCUCCGUUGGGUCUCCUUUUGCCCGUGCCAGUUUGAAGAGUGGGAAGAACGAGAGCUCGUCCUACUUCAGGAGGAAAGAGAAAAUGUUCCGGUUCUUCAUCCGGCGCAUGGUGAAAGCUCAGAGCUUCUACUGGAUUGUCCUCUGUGUGGUCGCCCUCAACACACUCUGCGUUGCGAUGGUGCACUAUGACCAGCCGGAGAAGCUCACCACUGCGCUGUACUUUGCAGAGUUUGUUUUUCUGGGUCUGUUCCUUACUGAGAUGUCUUUGAAGAUGUAUGGACUAGGGCCAAGAAAUUACUUCCACUCUUCAUUCAACUGCUUUGACUUUGGGGUCAUCGUGGGAAGUAUAUUUGAAGUUAUUUGGGCUGCAGUGAAACCAGGUACCUCAUUUGGCAUCAGCGUAUUGAGAGCACUUCGACUGCUGAGGAUUUUCAAAGUAACAAAGUACUGGAAUUCCCUGAGGAAUCUGGUGGUCUCCUUGCUGAACUCCAUGAAGUCCAUCAUCAGUUUGCUCUUCCUGCUGUUCCUGUUCAUUGUGGUGUUUGCUUUGCUGGGGAUGCAGCUCUUUGGAGGGCAAUUCAAUUUCCAAGAUGAAACACCAACCACGAAUUUCGAUACCUUCCCUGCCGCCAUACUCACAGUAUUCCAGAUCCUGACGGGGGAAGACUGGAACGCAGUGAUGUACCACGGGAUAGAGUCGCAGGGUGGUGUCCGCUCGGGGAUGUUCUCCUCCAUUUACUUCAUCGUCCUGACGUUGUUUGGUAACUAUACGCUCCUGAAUGUCUUCUUGGCUAUUGCUGUUGACAAUCUGGCAAAUGCCCAAGAGCUGACCAAGGACGAGGAGGAGAUGGAGGAAGCCACCAAUCAAAAGCUCGCCCUGCAAAAGGCCAAGGAAGUGGCAGAAGUCAGCCCCAUGUCUGCAGCUAACAUUUCCAUAGCCGCCAAGCAGCAGAACUCCUCCAAAUCCAAGUCUGUUUGGGAGCAGAGGACCAGCCAGAUCCGGAUGCACAAUUUCCGAGCCAGCUGCGAGGCACUGUACAACGAGCUGGAUCCGGAGGAGCGGGUGCGUUACGCUACCACCCUUCACAUCAGGCCAGACAUGAAGACUCAUUUGGAUCGGCCGCUGGUGGUAGAGCCGAGGGGUGAAGGGAGGAACAACAUUAGCAAGUUGAGCCCUGUGGAUGUGCAGGAGGUGGAGCAGACCAAAGUCAGCUCUACUGAUGGGGCAGAAGCUCCACGAAAGCACCACCGGCAUCGGGAUAAGGACAAACUGGGAGAGCAAGAAAAGGGUGAUGUGACCAAGGAUGAGAAUGGGGAAUCUGGUGCCAACAAUAAGGAGGAGCGGCACCGGCAGCACAGGAGCCGCAGCAAGGAGGUGGAAGGGGGGAGUAAGGAAGGGAAAAGUGAUCGCAACAGGAGUCAGGAAGGGGGAAAGAGGCACCAUCGCCGAGGGUCAGUGGAAGAAAGUGCUGAGAAGGAGCACCGUAGGCAUCGGACUCACCGGCACUCUGCUGAACGGCAAGGCAAGGAAGGCAACGGGACAAUCAACGGGGCCAGGAGCGAGCGACGUUCCCGACACCGGGGAGGGUCGAGGUCUGGGAACCGGGAAGGAGAGCCUGGGUCUAAGGGUGAGAAUGGAGAAGAGCCUCACAGACGGCACAGGUUCAGGAACAGGGCGCUGUCAACGUACGAUUCGGUGGAGAAGGAGAACGGGGAGAAGGAGGGGGAGGCUGGCGAGAAGGAGCACCGGAAUCAUCAGCCCAAGGAGAAUCAGUGUGAGAUUGAGGCUAGUGGAAGUGUCAGUGUCCCUGUGCACACCCUUCCCAGCACCUAUCUGCAGAAAGUGCCGGAGCAGCCAGAAGAUGCUGACAACCAGAAGAACGUGACACGGAUGAUUCAGCCACCUCUGGACAAAACCACCACUGUGAACAUCCCUGUCACUAUCACUGCCCCACCGGGGGAAACCACUGUCAUACCAAUGAACAACGUUGAAUUUGAAAGUAAAGCAGAGGAGAAGAAAGACGUUGAUGACUUGACGAAAAAUGGGCCUAAACCAAUCUUGCCUUACAGUUCCAUGUUUAUCCUAAGUCCUACAAAUCCGAUUCGGCGUCUGUUCCACUACAUUGUCAACCUGCGCUAUUUCGAGAUGGUCAUCCUCAUAGUUAUAGCCCUCAGCAGCAUUGCCCUGGCUGCAGAAGACCCUGUCCAAGCCGAGUCACCGAGGAACGAUGCUCUGAAAUACUUGGAUUAUAUAUUUACAGGUGUCUUUACCUUUGAGAUGGUGAUCAAGAUGAUUGACUUGGGGCUGUUACUCCACCCUGGCUCCUACUUCCGUGACCUGUGGAAUAUCCUGGACUUCAUUGUGGUCAGUGGGGCCUUGGUGGCAUUUGCCUUCUCAGGAACCAAAGGCAAGGACAUCAACACAAUCAAGUCCCUGCGAGUUCUGCGGGUUCUAAGACCACUGAAGACCAUUAAACGGCUGCCAAAACUAAAGGCUGUCUUUGACUGCGUGGUGAAUUCCCUGAAGAACGUCCUCAAUAUCCUCAUAGUUUACAUGCUCUUCAUGUUCAUUUUUGCCGUCAUUGCUGUGCAGCUCUUCAAAGGCAGAUUCUUCUACUGCACCGAUGAGUCAAAGGAGCUGGAGAAGGACUGCAGGGGUCAGUACCUCGAUUAUGAAAAAAAUGAGGUGGAGGCGCAGCCGAGGGAAUGGAAAAAAUACGAGUUCCACUAUGACAACGUGCUCUGGGCUCUGCUCACGCUUUUCACUGUCUCCACAGGCGAAGGGUGGCCAACUGUGCUGAAGCACUCAGUGGAUGCUACCUACGAGGAACAGGGUCCCAGCCCUGGCUACCGAAUGGAAAUGUCUAUCUUUUACGUGGUGUAUUUUGUUGUCUUCCCUUUUUUCUUUGUGAACAUCUUUGUGGCGUUAAUCAUCAUCACCUUCCAAGAGCAAGGAGAUAAAGUGAUGUCAGAAUGCAGCCUUGAGAAAAACGAGAGGGCCUGCAUAGACUUCGCCAUAAGUGCCAAGCCACUGACCCGCUACAUGCCUCAGAACAAGCAAUCUUUUCAGUACAAGAUGUGGAAAUUUGUGGUGUCCCCUCCCUUUGAGUAUUUUAUCAUGGUCAUGAUUGCACUCAAUACCAUUGUCCUAAUGAUGAAGUUCUAUGACGCUCCAGAAGCAUAUGAAGAAAUGUUGAAAUGCCUGAAUAUUGUGUUUACAUCCAUGUUUUCAAUGGAAUGUGUGCUGAAGAUCAUUGCCUUUGGUGUGCUGAAUUAUUUCCGAGAUGCCUGGAAUGUCUUUGAUUUUGUAACAGUGUUGGGAAGUAUUACUGAUAUUUUAGUAACAGAGAUUGCGGACAACUUCAUCAACCUCAGCUUCCUGCGGCUCUUCAGGGCAGCGAGACUUAUCAAGCUCCUUCGUCAGGGUUACACUAUCCGCAUCUUGCUCUGGACAUUUGUGCAGUCUUUUAAGGCCUUGCCUUAUGUGUGUCUCCUCAUUGCAAUGCUCUUCUUCAUCUAUGCCAUUAUUGGCAUGCAGGUAUUCGGAAACAUUGCGCUAGAUGAUGAAACCUCCAUUAAUCGACACAAUAACUUCCGUACCUUCCUCCAAGCCCUGAUGCUUCUGUUCAGGAGUGCCACAGGGGAAGCCUGGCACGAGAUCAUGCUGUCGUGCCUGAGUAACAGAGCCUGCGACCCACUCUCCGGCCUCACCAAAAAUGAAUGUGGCAGCGAUUUUGCCUACUUCUACUUUGUGUCAUUCAUCUUCCUGUGCUCCUUCCUGAUGUUAAACCUGUUUGUGGCUGUGAUUAUGGACAAUUUUGAAUACCUGACAAGAGACUCCUCCAUCCUUGGGCCCCAUCAUUUGGAUGAGUUUGUUCGUGUCUGGGCUGAAUAUGACCCAGCUGCCUGUUGCCGGAUUCAUUAUAAGGAUAUGUACAAUUUGUUACGUGUAAUUGCUCCACCCCUGGGCUUAGGAAAGAAGUGCCCUCAUAGGGUGGCAUACAAGCGCCUGGUGCGGAUGAACAUGCCAAUCUCGCCUGAAGAUUUAACCGUCCACUUCACAUCCACUCUGAUGGCCUUGAUCCGCACUGCCCUAGAAAUCAAACUGGCCUCAGGGGGUGUUAAACAGCACCAGUGUGAUGCUGAGUUGAGAAAGGAGAUCUCGCUGGUUUGGCCCAAUCUGUCCCAGAAGACUCUGGAUUUGCUGGUGCCUCCUCACAAACCCGACGAGAUGACUGUGGGGAAGGUCUAUGCAGCGCUGAUGAUAUUUGACUUCUACAAGCAGAAUAAGAACAGCAGGGAGCAAGUCCACCAGCCGCCUGGAGGCCUGUGCCAGCCUGGACCAGUAUCGCUCUUCCACCCCCUGAAGGCUACUUUGGAGCAAACCCAGCCCUCAGCAUUCAACAACGCAAAGGCGUUCCUUCGCCAGAAAAGCUCAGCUUCACUCAACAAUGGGGGUGCAUUGCCAGCCCCAGAGGGUGGGAUCAAAGAGUCCAGUUCUUGGGGAACCCAACGCACCCAGGACAUGUUUUAUGAAACCAGGACACCGGCUUUUGAACGAGGCCACUCAGAAGAAAUCCCCAUUGAACGGGUGGUAGAAAUGAGGGAAAUCAGCCCUACACUUGCCAACGGAGAGCACCAACCAGGCCUGGAGAGCCAGGGGCGGGCAGCUUCCAUGCCGCGCCUGGCCGCUGAAACUCAGAGGAGCAAAGCACGGUCACCUGGGAGUUACCUAGCACCCAUCCCGGACACGAGCCCCAUGAAGCGCUCCGUCUCCACGCUGACCCCACAGCGCCCUCACGCCAUGCACCUCUACGAGUACUCCUUGGAGCGCAUGCCGCCGGAGCAAGGGCACCACCACCAUCACCACCGCUGCCACCGGCGGAAAGAGAAGAAGCAGAAGUCCUUGGACAGGUCCCCCCAUCAGCUGGCCGAUGGAGAAGCUGUGGCCCAGUCUGGUGAGUCUUCUUCCAAGGACAAGAAGCAGGAACGCGGCCGGUCCCAAGAGAGGAAGCAGCACUCUUCCUCCUCCUCCGAAAAGCAGCGCUUCUACUCCUGCGACCGCUACGGCAGCCGGGACCGUUCUCAGCCCAAGUCUGCCGAUCAGAGCAGGCCCACCUCACCCAACGGAGGGCCAGAGCAAGGUCCACACAGACAGGGUAGUGGUUCAGUUAAUGGGAGCCCCUUGCUGUCGACAUCUGGUGCUAGUACCCCAUGCCGGGGUCGGAGGCAGCUCCCACAGACUCCACUGACCCCACGUCCCAGCAUCACUUACAAGACCGCUAACUCCUCGCCCGUGCACUUCACCAGUUUCCAAACCGGACUGCCCACUUUCUCCCCGGGACGCCUGAGCCGCGGCUUGUCCGAGCACAACGCGCUGCUGCGCGGGGACCAGCAGCCGCCCCCCCCGGCGGUGGCCCGCAUCGGCUCCGACCCCUACCUGGGCCACCGCGAUGAUGCCGACAGCCCCUACCGCGCGGUGCCAGAGGACACGCUCACCUUUGAGGAGGCGGUGGCCACCAACUCGGGACGGUCCUCAAGGACUUCUUACGUCUCCUCCUUGACCUCCCAGUCUCACCAAAUCCGCAGGGUGCCCAACGGCUACCACUACACGCUGGGUCUCAACACGGGCCCCGGGACUGGCACCAGAGGACGUAGUUACUACCACGAAGCCGAUGAGGAUGACUGGUGCUAGCGGCAUGGCAAAACCCUUCAAGGUGUACGUGUUUAAAAUCGAUGAGUUUUAUCAUCUGGAAGGCUGCGUGCUCCAAUGCGCGCGGUGCCUGGGGCCAGAGGGGGCCCGCGGGGCAGCCUCCGCCGCGAGGACUGCUCUGCUCCCAGGUCCGGAGACACUCCUGCAGCCUCUCUCCUCUUUUUUUCUUUCUUUUUUUCUUUUUUUUUUCUUUUUUUUUUUUUUUUUUCACUAGACAAAUCGAGGAAGAAGGCUCCCUCCUUAGGGGGAAGGCAGCGGGGGGAGCACAUCUCUCUCUCCCCCUCUCCCACCUCCCUACUGCCUUGUCUAGUUCAAAGACAUGCGCCAGAUGCCAAAUCUGUGUCACCCACGAGAAGCCGAGAGAAGAGCGGUCCUCACCUUUGACGGCGGAAAAAGCAGACUGUCGAUCCUUUUUGAGAUUGGCGCAGUUUUUGUUGGGCUAUUUCUUAAUUUAUUAUUAUAUUUUUUUCCCUGGUCAGGGUGGGAGUCAGGGGUUGCAAACAGACACACAUGAACAAAGAUCUCAUCCGUGUUUUAUCUCAUUCACCGCUAAGAAGGAAGAGAUCUACCCAAGAAACUGGGAGUGGAGAAACACAGACCAGAACAAAGGACAGUCCAUUGGGACUUGAUGUUCAGCCACAGCAAUCCUUUUCGGCGGAGCCAGUGACACCCCCCCGAGCUGACCAAGCGCUCCGGCAGCCAGGACUCUGCUCUGACACCGCUGCCGUGUGGAUCUCUUUUAUUUUACUCACCACGUCGGGUCCUUCACACUGACACAUGAUAAAGCCACAAGAGAGCUACUUUGUAAGGACUGUUUCCUUGCUGCUGAGACUUUUCCUUCCGUCCCUCUCUCCUGUCGACCGCAACACGCCCUCACUGUUUUGUCUUGUUUACAAUAUAAGCUUGAUUUAGCAAAAAACAACUAAAAAAAAAAAUCCAGAAAAAAAAAAAAAGAGGAAAAAGCGUAGGGGUGAGAAGAAGAAAUGUUAUUGGUUUUAUAUCAAGCUAUUAGAUAGAACUUUAACUUUUCAUUGUGUGCAUUUUUGUAAAUUGUACAGUAAAAAAAAAAAAAGAAAAAAAUACUCUUUAUGUAGAGAAUUAGUCCAAUUGUCAUUCCAGGUCCCACCGUUUCUACCGAAUGCUCCAGUUGUUCACUACUAAGUGCCUAACCUUUGAAAUCUUUCACAGCGACGAUGCAACCUCUUGCUUUGAUGCAUCAGACCUUGGGCGAGCAUGGGGAGGGGCAGGAGGGGAGGGAGGGCAGAGCCGGGAGGAGCCGCUCGUCUCGAAGGUUCCGUGGUGCACCCAACGCCCCGCGUCGCAUUACUGGACAGUGUAUUCGAGUACCAGGUUGGAAGCUUACAGUGGGGAAGGCAAACAUGCUUUGGGGUUGGUUUGGGUUUUUUGGGCCUUUUUUUUUUUUUCUUCUUUUUUUUUUUUUUAAUAUACUUUUAUUGAUGGGAGGGGAGCGAUUGCAGCAAACAAAACUGGCCUUUUCUCUUUGACUAGUGUUUAGGUCCUGCGGGAGAGAUGCAGGUGGAAAAGUACAGCAUCUGCAGAGAUGCUUUUGCAGGAGAAGCAACGUCUUUCACACUGCAUGUCAAGUCACAGUUGAGCUGUGAGAGCUCUGGCUAUGUUCCACGGUGCAUAAUUUGUGUUGAGGGCAGUUGGAGAGAGUCUUGUUUUUAUUGCCUGUUAAGAGAAGGUUAAAAAAAAUAAUAAGCAAAACCUCUAACUCUGAUUCUCAGGGAUGAGAUUUCUGUGUUCUUGUAAUGACUCUUGCAUUGGACAAUUUCUUUCUUUUGUGCAUGUGUGGAUUUCUGCACUUUGAGCCUGAGAAAGAGGCAGCCACGAUGUGCUUGGUGGGGAGGGAGCACUGAAAGAAAAGCCUGGGCAGGACCUUGUGUCUGUGGUCUGACGAACCGUCGUAGGGCUAAUUUGGGGCACAGGGCAGCCAGAGGACACGUAGUACAUUGACAAAAGGUUAAAGGAGGAAGGGUGGGAGGUGCCAGACGAGCGCAUCGCUAAAAAUGCUGAUAGGAAAGAACAGAGGGUUGGACAGAUGAAUUUUUUCAGAGGAUCUACCAAGCCCCAGAACUGUGAAACUUCUCCAGGUCACUUAGGACAGGUAGAGAUCCUGCUGGACCCUGGUGAUUCGUUUUGUCGCUGGGGUGGUUGGAGGUUAUUGGAUGCUGCCAAAAUUCUCAGGAGGUCUCGUGUGCUCUUGGCAAAAGUAAUUCAGCCUCAGGCAGGGAGCAGUCUGCUGUAGGGUGGCUCUUCACAUCUCCUGUAGCUUUUCCGUUGAGGAAAUUCAACCUGGUUUUGUUUCCUUCUGUGUUUUUUUUUUUUGUCCUGUUACUAAAUAAUAAUCUUUGGCCAAUCUCAUCCCUGGAUUCUGCUAGAUAACUCCUGUCUAGAACUCUGUCUCUGCAUUUAUGUGCACUUUGAAUAAAAGAAGUGCAGUAGCCGGAGGUCCGCCAUGAGUAACAGCUGUAAUUUGCAAACGGAGGGCUAUGCAACAAGAUGACACGUUCAGAAACACAUCCAAACCACCAACAGUCAGAAAGACCUUCAUCCGUUCUGUAGCUUUAUCUGCUGGAUUUUCCUGUUUCGGGCUUCAGCAUGAUUGUGACCAAAUGUUUUAUACAUUUUCCUUAUAUGAAGGCACAAACACUUUAUUUGAAAUUUUAAAGAAAACGCUACUAUUUUACUCCAGGAAGUAAAGGAGAGGGAAAACGUAAUCUCUCUGACAGUGCAUGCAAACAUUGUACCCACACUGGAAAGCAAAAGAGAUGUCUUUCUGUACUGAAUAAUUUUGUCUUUUUCUCCACUCCGCCUUUCCCCUUCUACCAUUUUAGAUCCUCAAACCCACAGCCCCGCACUAACACACCAUCUGGAAGCGCACAGCCAAACUAUGGCCUUGGGUCACUCCAAUUCCUAGGCAGAACACGAAGAAGAAUCUCAAGUUGUCUAAUCCUCCACCCGCCUCAUAGGGGUCGAUGCCAGUGACAGACAAGCCUGACCACAAUUGUUCAUAACCCUUUUCCUACCUUUUUUUACAAUCUCUCUGCUGUCUCUUCAAUGCAUACAUGAUAUUUCUAAGAAUCCUCAUAGUGAGUUGCCAAACUUGAAUUGCACCGAUCAGUUUUCUGCAUCCAGAACCAGUCUCGUAGUGGCUGUACUUUGAAUAAGUAAUGUUUGCAUGUAAAAUAUAUACAUAUAUACAUAUAUAUAAAAAGUAUGUGCAUGGAAAAUGUUUAUCUUCGUACUUUUUUGAUACAAUGUAUUCAUCAGUUGUUAAUUUUUAAUUAUAUUUGAUAUAAAUUGGGGGUUUGUUGCAAAACUUUAUAUUUAAAAAAACAGUGUUAAAAAUUAUAAAAGUUCCAACCAUGCAACACAAGCGGAACUUUACCCAAAAAAAAAGGGGAAAAAAAAGAAAAAAAAAGGUUCUGUGAUUGCCUAGUUUGCUGCCUGAGUAAUAUUUAUCAGCCAAACUUUGAAUUCUGCAGUUGUUUCUACAAUUACAUUUUGUAUGAAGCAAAGUCCUUGAAUUAAAAUAAAAACUUAGCAAAAAACCUUACAAAUUCAAA